UUCCAUUGCUGCACAAUCGUCAAUCUCCAGUGUUGGCAUUUUCCACAGAAACCGUAUGAAUCUGGGAGACGGUCGGUGGUAGUCUCGGCGUCGGAGGGUUUUAACCAGAAUCAAAUCUCAAGGGAAAAAUGGGAGCUGGGUGGAGACGGUGGUCAAAAUUGGCCGCCGCAGUGGCGGUGGUGGCCAUACUGAGAGAAUUGGGGAAGCGAUACGGAUGGGAGAUUGACAAAGAAGCGGCAAUCGAGGUGGUCGGCCAAUGGUCCGAUCGAUUGGGGAUAUGGGCCAUGCCUGCGUAUGUCGGCAUCCAUACCUUCACACUUGCCCUCUGCUUGCCCUACGCCGUCUUCUUCGAAGCCACUGCUUCUUUACUCUUCGGCUUCUUCCCUGCCGUCAUUUGCGUUUUCUCUGCCAAGGUGCUUGGGGCAUCCCUUUCCUUCUGGAUCGGCAGGUUACUUUUUAGGAAUUCAAAAUCAGCUAUGGAGUGGGCCCAGAGGAACAAAUACUUCCAUCUUCUUUCUAGAGGAGUAGAGCAAGAUGGUUGGAAAUUUGUCCUUCUCGCCCGAUUUUCACCGAUUCCUUCAUACGUUAUAAAUUACGCUCUUGCUGCAACCAAAGUUGGGUUCUUUCUAGAUUUUCUGUUGCCAACUGUAAUUGGAUGCCUGCCAAUGAUACUGCAGAACACGUCGAUUGGCAGUCUUGCCGGUGCUGCUGUUGCUUCAGCGUCUGGCUCUCAGAAAUCUCAGAUAUGGUCAUACAUUUUUCCUGUACUUGGUAUUGGGUCAAGCAUUCUUAUUUCCUGGAGGAUUAAAAAGUAUUCUAGUGGACUAAAAAUGGCUGAAAGUUCCUCUAGCGUUGAAGGAAGUGACAGUGUUGACACAUCCAAAACUAGGGACCUUAAGAAAACUCGAUAAUCUUUACCAACAGUAUGUGUCAUUUGAAACUUUUAGAUCAGAAACAUUCAUUUACGAUAUGUAUACACUCGAUCACUGUCCACGA